AUGUCAGAAACUAAAGAACAACAACAACCAAUUGAAGAAACUGAAAACGUAGAUGUCCAACCAAGACGUGUCAUUAAUCCAGCAACCACCAUAUUCGUCGGUAAUGUUGCUCAUGAAGCUACCGUCGAGGAUUUAGAAAAUGUCUUCAAAGAUGAAUUCGGUUCAGUGGAAAUUGAUUUACCAAACAAAGAACAUCAUAAUAAAGCUGGUCAUGCUCCUGCAAGUAAGCAUGCUUUAGUUAUCUUCCCUCAAGAAAUUGAUUACGAUGCUAUUAAGGCUAAAUAUGAUACCACCGUGAUUCAUGAAAGAGAAAUUCAUAUCAAGAGAGCUAAAACCGCUGACCAAUUACGUAAUUUUGCUAGCCAAAGGGGUGGUUACAGAGGUAACUUUAGAGGCGGAAGAGCUGGUUUCAGAGGUGGACUUAGAGGCGGUAGAGGAGGAAGUUUCAGAGGUGGUAGAGGUGGUUUCAGAGGUGGAAGAGGUGGAUUCGGAAUAAGAGAGAAAGAUACAUUAGAUGAAAUGGAAAGAUCAAAGGAUACUUUAUAUGUUAAUAAUUUACCUUAUUCAGCUACUGCAAUUGAAAUUGCUGAAUUGUUUGGUACUAAACCAGAAUUGAUUGUCUUACCAAAGAGAAGAAUGAGAGAUGAAGCUACAGGUAAGCUUUUCAUGUCCGAUACUUUGAAUAGGGGUAUUGCCUUUGUCACUUUCGAAGGUUUAACUUCUGAUAUUGCUGAUAAACGUGAUGAAUUGCAAGGUAGAACUCUACAGGAUAGAGAAUUAGUCAUUGAUGUUGCUGUUGUGAAACCAAAGCUUGAAGAAGAGUCUAAGGGAUCAGCUGAAGAUUCUGAAGAACAAAAAAAUGCUGAAGAAGAAAAGGAAAAAGUUGAAAAUGAAGAACAAUAA